AUGGCCGAGAGCCUAUCCUUCAAGCCAGGCAGAUGGUCAGACAACGGCCCGACGGUCGGUGAGGUGAAGGGCAAGGGCACCUUCACCACCCAGAGCGUCCUCCUCUACAACGGCUUCCAGACCGACUUCGGCAACACCGGCACCACGCUCGUGGACAUCGGCAGCAUGGGCGUCUGGCAGUUCAACGUCCCCGGGCAAGGCCAAGGCCGCGAGGAGGAAGCCUGGGAGUGGCGGAGGCUCAGGGACCCCAACUCGACGGGGGGGCUGAUGAGCAGGAUCAGCAAGAUGGCCGGCCUCGUCGGAUCGCUGGUUCUCGUGCCCAGCGGGUCCCCGGGGGACACCACCCCGUUCGCCACAUGGACCAAGGGCCACGGCUCCAAGUUCAAGAAGGAGUCUGAUCUGGGGGUUCUGGAGUUUCACGGGCCGGCGAGCACUGACAAGAUGGGGGAUGCCUUCCAGGCUCUCGCCAUCAUGAGUAUAGUUAAGAUUCAGCAAGACAAUCGGGAUGAAACCGUGGCUGGAAUGAUUAAAGGUUCCUUCUCUAGCUCGGGAUAA